CCAAUGCUGCUGUCCGGCUCCAAGCCACAGCGACGUCACGCGCGCUUCGGGGAGGGCGUCAGUGCGCCGUCACGGGCUCUUAAACGCUGUGUGGCGUGUUUGACCGAGUGGAGAGAGUUUGAGAUCCCCACUUUGCAGAGCGCAUGUGGACUGCCAGCCUGUCCGGGACUGAGCGCACGAUGAAGAGGAGCGACAGGAGGACAGAUUCCUUUUCUGAUCUGUAAGAUGAGAGCCCCGGCGCUGAGGCCGAAGAGUUCAGGAGGAUUUGUAAAGGGAAGAUUAACAGUUCACGAAGGAGAAAUGUCCACAACUGCAACUCCAACCAUCCCCUCCUUCCAGCUGACAUCUGAUCAACUCACAGUGGUCGCUGCGUCCUUUUCCUCUCUGGUGUUCUUCGUGGUUAUCGUGGUGCUGCUGUCCAUCAUCUACCGCAAGGAUCCUCAGUGCUGCAGACUGUUUUCCUAUCAGGGGCCACAUGCAGAUAUGGGUGCUCCCUCUCAGUACUACAGCAGCAGGCAGACGCUGGUGCCAUCUCCUUUUCUCGAGCAGACACAGAUCACUGAUGACAGCAGCACUCAGCAGGCAGGUCAGCUGUUCUACGUCGGCCUGCCCUCCAGCUACAGCCUGCCUGUGCUGGAAGGCCCCCUGCCGAGGCUCCCCUCCUAUGAGAGCGUCCGAAAGAAGGACCGCCAGAGGCAGAUCCACAUGAUGAUCGCAGACCGGUUUGGUCUCAAUGGACCCAUUGUGACUGAGCCUCCUCCAACAUAUGAAGAGAGCAUCCGUCAGUCGUUGGAGCUGCCGUACGACAUCCUCUCAUCCAGCCUGGACAUCCCCUCUGCUCAGAGUUUCUACACCAACACUAGAGCCGUCGUUCAGACUAACACAGCGCUUCCAGUUAACUUUGAGGCCGCCAACAACACCGUCCUACCCGUGUGACGCCGAUCAAGCCAUCAAGCUUUCUGGUGAAUGUGAAGCAGAACUGCGAUAUUUAACGUAACGCAGAUGCAGUUACUAAAUCGACUGGAUCCUUAACACUUGUGUACAAGAUGAUUCUGAUACCUCAAAACUGACAGAGCUAAUGUUGAUCAUGAGCUGGAAGGCAACCAUACAAGGAGCCGCACACCCUGCAGGGAAGGACACGUUUGAAUGUUAAAAAUACUUUGUGACAUUUACUGUGCUCUAACGUGCCCGUGAGUUUGAAAACAGAAACACUGAAUACUCAUAAAACUAAGGUGGCUGGCACAUCUCGAACAGGGCAGGGAAGAGGAGAUCUCUGGACUACAGAACUGAAAUAUACCAAAAAAAGGGAACGACUAUUUACUUUGUUGGUUACAGUGACGUGUAUUAAAUUCUGUUAAUGGACUUAUGUUUUCACAGUUAGCUCUUCUCAUUUAUUCUGAUGUCCCCGAACUGGAAACCUCAUUGUGUGGUUUUUAAAGAGUUUGUUUAGUAGCUGCCGCAAAGCGGGCUUCUUUACCCCGCUGAGGCGAUGCAACGCUGCUCUAGCUUGAGGGCUGCAAGGGGGAGAAUAAAAAAGGUGCUAAUGAGAGUGCCUUUCAUGGAAUUGAAACUAGACAUUCAUUACAAAACCUUUGUCUUUACCCCAUCUUUUGAUUUUUUCUAUUUACACACCAGAUCUUAUGUCUUAAUGUUCUGUGCGUUAUUUUCUCUUACUUUCCAUGUGCACGUGUCGUAUGUUUGCCCUGCAUAUGUCUCGUACUGUAUUUAUUGAAGAAAGAUAACUGACAUCUUGUUAUU